UUAAAAAAAAUGAAGUAAGACAUGUAAUUAUUGUGUACACGAACACACCUGAUUAUUUUUCUCACUGCGGUCCUAAUCGAUCCAAUCGACCUUGCAGGACUCUCCUCUCGUAAAUUUCUAGGGUUUCCUUUUUUCCUGCUAAAUUGGGUGCGAAGCCAUAUCGAUCUGAAUUCAAAUCAAGGUUUCGAAUUGGGGGUUUGUCAUUGCGAACUGACGGAGAAGAAAGAGAAAGGGAGAAAUGCCUCAGAGGCACUCAAAGAACAACAACGACUUAGCUUUCUUCACUUACGAUGAGAAGCGUAAGCUUGGUUAUGGAACUCAGAAGGAGAGGCUGGGCAAGGACUCUAUAAAGCCUUUUGACGUUUGUUCUCUUUGCUUGAAGCCCUUUAUCGACCCCCUUUGUUGCCAGAAAGGCCAUGUCUUUUGCAAGGAAUGCAUUCUCGAGUGUAUGCUUUCUCAGAAAAAAGACAUUCAGAGGAAGUUAGCUGCACAUGUUGCACAGCAAAAACAAGAGAAACAAGAGGAAGAAGAGAAGAUAACGCAACAGAAAGCUCGGGAGCUUGAUGCAUUUGAUCAGCAAAACCAUGGUGCGGUACCCCAGUACAGUGAUAGAAAUAAUAGCCGUGAUAAGAAUGGCUUUCAUGGGGCAAAUAGUGUAAAGGCCACAUCUUUUGAAGAAGAAGCACUCCGCACAAUGAAAGCUUUUUGGCUGCCUUCCGCCACACCUGAAGCUUCUGUCAAAGUAGAGGCUCCCUCCACCAGUACUGUGUGUCCUGAAGGCAAUGAGAAACUGAAGCUGAAAACUCUUUUUCCUGUAAUCUUCACAGAGGACAAAACCGACAAGAAAAUGUCAUCUUUGGAUAAGAGCUAUAUCUGUCCCAGCUGCAAAGUUACUCUAACCAACACACUUUCUCUUGUAGCCCUUAGCUCUUGUGGGCAUGUCUUUUGUAAGAAGUGUGCUGACAAGUUCAUGGCGGUUGACAAAGUUUGUCUCGUCUGCAAUAAGGGAUGCAAAGAGAGGAAUCUGGUAAACUUGGAAAAAGGAGGGACCGGGUUUGCUGGGCAUGGAGAUCAUCUUGAAGCGAAAGACUAUAAGCAUUUGGGGAGUGGUUCAGGACUGGGGUUGGUCAGGCCCUCAACAAAGACUUGAGCUGAGCUAUAAAUGCAAUGCAGUUGAUUUUCUCAAUCCCCUUUAAAUAGUUAUACACUAUCCUUCUCUAUGUCUCUUCAUUUAUAAAUGAGCUUAUUGUAUGAAGGCCCCAACAUCCAUGCAAGCUAACAAGACAUCCUUAUAAAGUGAAAGUAUGGUUUUUGGCUACUUGUUGUUGGUUCAUAACUUUGAGUUGAAGUUGAUUUUCUCUC